CGACUUCUUUGACUGAUGGGAUUUUGGUGAGCUCGCAUGAACUUGUCGCUUUUUGAGUGUGAAAGAGUGCAAGAAGAGCAACACACCGCUGCUCAAGGUGACCGGCAAUGCCAACCUGUCGGCUUUACGUCGGCAACUUGCCCAAAGACCGUGCGGUGGAGAGAAAUGAGUUGGAGGAGAAGUUCGAGAAGUUCGGCAGGGUGGUAGAUAUUUGGAUUGCCAGGCAGCCCCCAGGGUUUGCGUUUGUCACCAUGGAUGAUGAGAAAGAAGCGCAGGAUGCUGUGAAAGAGCUAGAUGGAGCCAAAGUGGGUGGUGAGCGUAUCCGCGUCGAGGUUUCGAAGGGAGGCGAACCGCGGCGCGGCCCGCCGCCAGCGCGCCGGGACUCUAGGAGUCGAAGUCGGCGCGGCGGAGGCCGAGACAAGAAGAGAAGAAGGCGUUCGCCUAGCUACUCCGACUACUCCUAUUCUGACUCACGCUCGC